CUGAACCCGGACGUGAACGUGUUCCAGCGUAAAUUCGUUAAUGAAGUCAGGAGGUGCGAAGAAAUGGACCGAAAGCUCCGGUUUGUUGAGAAGGAGAUUAAAAAAGCAAAUAUUCCUAUCAUGGACACUGGUGAAAACCCGGAGGUGCCUUUUCCACGUGACAUGAUUGACUUGGAGGCAAACUUUGAGAAAAUUGAAAAUGAGCUCAAGGAAAUCAACACAAACCAGGAAGCUCUGAAGAGAAACUUUUUGGAGCUGACAGAAUUAAAAUUUAUACUGCGUAAAACUCAGCAAUUUUUUGAUGAGGCUGAAUUGCAUCAUCAGCAGAUGGCGGAUCCAGACCUGUUGGAGGAAUCCUCUUCACUCCUGGAACCGAGCGAGAUGGGAAGAGGUGCCCCGCUACGACUUGGGUUUGUGGCUGGCGUGAUCAACCGUGAGCGAAUCCCCAUGUUUGAGCGCAUGCUGUGGCGAGUGUGCCGAGGGAACGUGUUCCUGCGUCAAGCAGAGAUUGAAAACCCCCUGGAGGAUCCUGUAACGGGGGAUUAUGUGCACAAGUCUGUGUUUAUCAUCUUUUUCCAAGGCGACCAGCUGAAGAACAGAGUCAAGAAGAUAUGUGAAGGAUUCCGUGCCUCCCUCUACCCAUGCCCAGAAACACCACAGGAGCGGAAGGAAAUGGCUUCUGGUGUCAAUACCAGAAUUGAUGAUCUUCAGAUGGUGCUGAACCAAACAGAGGAUCAUCGCCAAAGGGUUUUGCAGGCAGCUGCUAAAAAUAUCCGUGUCUGGUUCAUCAAAGUACGCAAGAUGAAGGCCAUCUACCAUACCCUGAAUCUGUGCAAUAUCGAUGUGACACAGAAGUGCUUGAUUGCUGAAGUCUGGUGUCCUGUGGCUGACCUCGAUUCUAUCCAGUUUGCUCUCAGGAGAGGCACUGAGCACAGCGGAUCCACUGUCCCAUCUAUUUUAAACAGGAUGCAAACCAAUCAGACCCCACCAACAUACAACAAAACUAAUAAGUUUACUUCUGGCUUUCAAAACAUUGUUGAUGCUUAUGGCAUUGGAACGUAUCGGGAAAUAAAUCCAGCACCGUAUACGAUCAUUACCUUCCCGUUUCUGUUUGCUGUGAUGUUUGGAGAUUUUGGCCACGGAAUCCUGAUGUCUCUGAUUGCUGUCUGGAUGGUGCUCAGGGAAAGUCGUAUUCUGUCACAGAAAAGCGACAAUGAGAUGUUCAACAUGGUUUUCAGUGGUCGAUACAUCAUUCUGCUGAUGGGGCUGUUCUCCACUUACACGGGCCUCAUCUACAAUGACUGCUUCUCCAAGUCUCUUAAUAUGUUUGGUUCAUCAUGGAGUGUCCGGCCGAUGUUCACAAAAGGCAAUUGGUCAGAUGCCUUGCUUGAAACUACUCCUCUGCUUCAGCUGAACCCUGCUAUUCCAGGGGUGUUCGGUGGACCCUACCCCUUCGGCAUUGACCCGAUUUGGAAUAUUGCCAGCAAUAAGCUGGCCUUCCUCAAUUCGUUUAAGAUGAAAAUGUCUGUGAUUCUUGGCAUUAUCCACAUGCUCUUUGGUGUCACAUUGAGUCUUCUCAACCAUAUCUAUUUUAAGAAGCCACUGAACAUAUACCUUGGAUUUAUUCCAGAAAUGAUUUUCAUGUCAUCACUGUUUGGAUACCUUGUUAUUCUCAUUUUCUACAAAUGGACAGCCUAUGAUGCUCACACGUCAAAGGAUGCACCGAGCCUCCUAAUACAUUUUAUCAACAUGUUUCUGUUCUCCUAUGGUGAUACCAGUAAUAAGAUGCUUUAUAAAGGGCAGAAAGGGCUCCAGUGUUUCCUUGUGGUGGUGGCGUUACUGUGUGUGCCGUGGAUGCUGGUAGCUAAACCCCUGGUCCUUCGCCAUCAGUAUUUAAGGAGAAAACACUUGGGAACGCACAACUUUGGUGGGAUCCGAGUGGGCAACGGACCAACUGAGGAGGACGCUGAGAUCAUUCAACAUGACCAGUUAUCUACCCACUCCGAGGAGGGGGAAGAGUUCGACUUUGGGGACACGGUGGUGUACCAGGCCAUCCACACCAUUGAGUAUUGCCUCGGGUGCAUCUCAAACACUGCGUCCUACUUGAGGCUGUGGGCCCUCAGCUUAGCCCACGCACAGCUCUCGGAGGUGCUGUGGACCAUGGUCAUCCACAUUGGCCUCAGCGUGAGGAGUCUGGGCGGAGGCUUUGGCCUCUUCUUCAUAUUUGCUGCUUUCGCUACCCUGACGGUAGCAAUUCUCCUGGUCAUGGAGGGGCUGUCUGCUUUUCUCCAUGCUCUUCGCUUGCACUGGAUUGAGUUCCAGAACAAGUUCUACACUGGCACUGGAUUCAAGUUUCUCCCUUUCUCCUUUGACACCAUCCGGGAGGGGAGGUUUGACGACUAA